AUCGCGCCAACUUGCUAAUGAUUCGAAAGGCACUCGUUUUAACGACGAUGAUGGUAGGAAUUUUGGGCGAACCUCAAGGACCUGCCUAUCUUCCGCCUUCAGGAACGCGUCCAGCUUCCGGCGGAGGAGGAGGAGGAGCUGCUCAUCCGGACGAAUGGGCCGGUGAUCCGGCAAACUACGAAUUUUCCUACGAAGUCCAAGAUGGGGUCGCCGGACUAGACUUUGGUCACCACGAAUCGCGAAAAGACAACGAGGCGACCGGAACUUAUCACGUGUUACUACCAGACGGCAGAACGCAAAUCGUCGACUACGUUGCCGAUGAAACAGGCUACCGGCCAGUGGUACGGUACGAAGGAACGGCAACGUACCCUGCGCCGGGAUCUGCGCCGGGAUCUUCACCGGGAUCUUCACCGGGAUCUUCACCGGGAUCUUCACCGGGAGGAUCGAGCAACAACGAAGGAUACCGAUACUAAUCCCUUUAGAAUCGAAUAAAAAAUUUGUAAAGAUCAACUUGUAAAGUCUCCAGUUGCUUUUACAGUGAUAAUCGGCAGUAAAUAUUUACAAAGUGAUAUAUUUCCAACGAACAGAAAAACUUUGCUUUCCCGAGUUCGAACGUAAUCUUUCAUGUGGUUUUGCUUUCCCUAAUGUAUCGCAAAACUUCCUGCACGUCUUGGCGCGAGCCCAAGAAUAUCGGGGAUCUUUGGUGAAUAUUCUCUGGUACAACUUCCAAAAUGUCGAUUUCCCCGUUGGACGCCAUGCCUCCGGCUUCUUUCAGUAUAUAAGCCAUUGGAAUACAUUCGUAUAAAAGUCGGAGCUGCAAGGAGAUGAAUUCCAACGAAACGAUUUCAAAUCGAUAUUAUAGAUAUAUCAACUUACCUUCCCACUCGGAUGACUUUUCGUUGCCGGAUAAAGAAAUAUUCCUCCGUAUUUUAUCGUCCUAUGCACAUCGGCGACCAUGGAACCCACAUACCUCGCGCUAUACGGUUUCCCAUUAGUGGGAUACUUUUUCGAACGAACGUAGUCUUUGAUAGCCGUGUCCCAAGCGCCUUCGUGGCCUUCGUUGAUGCUGAAAUCACGAUCGUUUCGUUCCGAAAGAGACUCCGAAAGCUAACCAGGAGCAAGAAGAAGUACCGAGUACCUGUAUAUUUCUCCUCUAGGGGGAACCCGUAUGUUUCUCUCGGUUAGGAUAAAUUCGCCGAUCGCUGGAUCGUAAGUGAACCCGUUCACCCCGUGACCGAUCGAGAGUACGAUCAUGGUCGCGGAACCGUACAGCGCGUAUCCAGCGGCGACCAUGUUCUUGCCAGGUUGCAGAGCGUUCGCCAGCAUGGGCUCGAUCGGUGGCUCCGGUUUCUUGUAAAUCCCGAAAAUCGAGCCGACCGACACCAAACAGUCAAUGUUGGACGAACCGUCCAACGGAUCGAAGCAUAUUAUGUAUUUCCCACGUUUCUCGAGCUCCACUUCGAUCGCGUUCGCGUUCUCU